AUGGCAUCUAAAGGACUGGAAGUGGCAGGCUGCAUGAGAGAAGAGGAGGAGUGUGCCAGGCAGAGGGACUGCAUGGGCAGAGACCUUGAGGCACCCCAGCCUGCGGUCCACGUGCAGGGGCAGGAGCCGCUGGCCGCCUCCAUGCUGGCCGCAGCACCCCCGCAGGAACAGAAACAGAUGCUGGGUGAACGUUUGUUCCCGCUCAUCCAGACGAUGCACUCAAACCUGGCUGGGAAGAUCACGGGGAUGCUGCUGGAGAUUGACAACUCGGAGCUGCUGCACAUGCUGGAGUCCCCCGAGUCUCUCCGCUCCAAGGUGGAUGAAGCUGUGGCGGUCCUACAGGCUCAUCAUGCCAAGAAAGAAGCUGCCCAGAAGGUGGGCGCUGUUGCUGCUGCUACCUCUUAGAUAAGGACAAACCGUG